AUGGCAAGAGGCAGCCACGCGCUCUCCUUAGACCUCCGCUGUACCACGCCCGGUUGCGUGGAGCACAUGGCGCUUCUCAAUAGGACACUCAGCAAGAAACUAUCACCGUGCGAGGACUUCAGCGCCUUCGUCUGCGCCGGUUGGAAGCCACAACCGCCGCGGGCUACCAGCGUGACCGACGAAAUGAAGUGGAAGUGGCUGGCAGACGUCUAUCGCCUCUUCUUUAACGGAACGCUACACUUGCCACGGUCCGUCAAAGCUAGGGCGGUCUUAAAGUCGUGCCUCGGUCGUCCUAAAUCCGCUCCAAGCAGGCAUCUUGAGCAGCUGAAGACCUUCAUGCGAGACCGUGGAAUUCCAUGGCCCGUGAAGCCGCCAACGGACAAACAUCCAGUUGAUGUGCUCCUAGAUCUGGAGAUCAAUUGGAGGUGCCCCAUGUGGUUUAGGGCACGGUUCCUACCGGACAGAACAACGAGAGUCCUUCUGGUAUCUCCGAGCAAACCACCCGCUUUUUCUAGAGAACCGAGCUUUGAAUUGAAAGAUCUCAAAGACAUUGAACGUGGCUUUCUUCCAGAUACUCUAUCACUAAUGAAAUCAUUUCACGGCAUAUAUGGGUCCCCUUAUGCUCCGGCUGCCACUAAAAUGUCAGCAGAGAUUCACGUUAAAAUUGUGAAAAAACUUAUAGCGGCACUUCGAAGCGGCAAAGAUACCCGAAGACACUUGCAGCUACGGCAUAUAGAACGCCUGACACCGUCUGUUGAUGCAGCUACUUGGCUUCAGUACCUGCGGGCACAUACUCCUUCUAAUUUCAACUUGACGAUGGACACUGCUGUGCAUGUGGAUAACACCGAUACUCUUAAGACGUUAGCCUUAAUCAUGAAGGAACAAUCUGUCGAAGAAAUACUCAAUGUCAUCGGGUGGCAGUUCGCCCUUCGGUACACACACAUCCUGGCAGAAGACGUGCCGUCAACGGCAGUGGAAGACGGUGCAGAAAAGUUAUUUUCUUUUGUCUGCGAACGUCAGCUUUCAGAGAUGUUCGGUUCGCUUCUUCCCUUGGAGUAUGUCCUGGGAAAAUUCCCCAUAGAGCGGAGAAUCGAAGUUUUAAGGUUCAUGAAAAAAGUUAAAAGCCACGUCGUCAGCAAGGCUCUGAAGAUGAACCCGCUUCAGAGACAGGCAGUAUAUCCUGUCUCACAACUCAAGUUUGACGUAUGGCCCUCGAACGUGAUUGGAGGAAUCCUUAGGGACGCCUUCCCAGGAAACGAAGCAUCUUUCAUGGAUUACUGGAUAGAAACAAGAAAGGCAUCGCGCAGCCUUCUUGGGACCCCAGAGUACGACGACUUAUUCAAUGGCCUAGACAACAGUGAACCGCCUUUCAGCUAUAGAGUCCAUGAAAACGCACUGCUUGUCGGUUUGGAAGUACUCUCAUCUCCCUUGUACUACGUCGAUGUACCGGACGCCAUUAGGUAUGGCGGCUUGGGCGCUAUACUCGCUGGCCAAAUAGUACGGCCUUUCUACAACGAUACCAACGUAACUAGCUGCGGCGAUCCGGGUUUGGAGGUUGCCUUUAAUCUGCUGCGUCUCGAAGGACCUGGGGAGAUGAGCUUAAGAGCAGCGCGUCAGUUCUUUUUCGUGGCCUACUGCUUCUCCAGAUGCGGGAACAGCGACUCUACCUGCAAUGCGGCAUUGCGAUCCUUCGAACCCUUCGCUGAAACUUUCUCGUGCAGCUCCUCUUCCUAUAUGGGCAGCAGCCAGAAAUGUACAUACUUUUGA